AUUAAUCGACACACAUUACACAAAAGGUAUAGUUGAUGAUCAAUACUAUAUAAACUGCAAAAAGAAAGAAAAAAGAGAGAAGCAAAAAUAGUAAAGGCAUGGAGGAAGGGAAGGCAUACAUUGCAGUGGUAGUGAUACAGUGCAGCUACGCAGGCAUGAUUGUGUUGUCAAAGGCAGCUAUGUCUGCAGGGAUGAAGCCUUCCAUCUUCGUCGCCUAUCGACAGGCAUUCGCCUUCUUCACCUUGCUCCCCUUCGCCUUCUUCUUCUUCACCAGCAAAGGGUCUCCUCCUCUUACACGGACUGGGUUAUGCAAGAUUUUCUUUGCUUCUACAUUUGGAUUGGCUCUGUGUUUCGAUCUGGAAUUUACAGGAUUCGAAUAUAUUUCGGCAACAUUUAGUACAGCUACUUUCAGCAUUGUUCCUGCUUUCGUCUUUGUCAUGGCCGUUUGUUUAAGGAUUGAAAGCUUAGACAUACACAAGUGGCAUGGAGUAGCUAAGGUAUUAGGAAGCAUAGUAAUCUUGUCCGGAGCGAUGGCCUUCACCUUUUACAAAGGCCACGCUCUCUACCACACUUCAACAUCACACCACCCCUUGGAAGAUAAGCCUCACUCAAAACACCAGUGGAUCACGGGCGCUUUCCUCGCCAUCGCUGGCCAACUCGUCUACGCUAUGUGGCUGACUAUGCAGGCUCCACUCCUCAAACAAUAUCCAGGAAAAUUCAGGCUCACCAUUCUGCAGUGUGGCUUCAGCUGCCUCUCAGCAACACUCUACGCUGCUGCGGUAGAAAGGCAUCCAUCCGCGUGGAAGCUUCGAUGGGAUAUUCAUCUCUUAUCGGUCGCCUAUUGUGGGGUAAUAGUGUCAGGGAUGAGUUAUUGGUUGCAAGCUUGGGUUAUAGAGAAAAAAGGUCCUGUUUUUACCGCCAUUUUCAACCCGUUGGCGCUCAUUAUUUCGGCCAUCUUAUCAGCUUUUUUCCUCAACGAAGCUCUUCAUUGGGGGAGUAUUUUGGGUUGUGGGCUGCUUGUGGCUGGGCUAUAUUGUUUCUUGUGGGGCAAAAAUCAAGAAGCUCGUAUUAAAGCUCAACAUAUUUUAGAUGAUGACCAUUCUCAGACUAGUGCGCCAAUUUCAUUCAAUGGAAAGAGCCCAUGAACAUUUUUUUUCAUUUUCUCUUAUUUAAUUUGUACUAGUAUAACACUACCACCUCGUGUGAUGCACGUGUGUCGUUAUAGUUACAUAAAAUAAUAAGUAAUAUUAAAUUGUACUCCCUCCGUCCCAUUAUCUUAGAAAUAAUUUCCUUUUUAGAUUGUUCCAA